AUGUCUGCUCUCUCUACUGCCUCACGCCGCUCCUUGACCUUCGCCCAUAUGGACCACGGAAAGAAUGACACGAUCAAGAGUGCACCGCUGUGGAGGGACGAGAACGCAACAGAGAGCGAGGCGGAUGUAAAAGCCGACAGGGAGCCCCUCCCUUCGGACUUGCACGAGCUCCAGCGCGAGUCUGUCGAGACCAUCCAGUCCAAGUAUAAUGGCAGUCAAAUGUCUGGCUCCAACCACUAA